AUGGUAGUGUUAACUGGAGCUACACUAGAGUGUUCACAACAACAGAGGCGAGCGCACCAGUCCUGACUAAAUAAAGGUCCGUCGCAGUUGUUAGGUCGCGUUUCGGUGACACACAGUCGGAAACUAACGUUAGCGCGCUCUUGUGCUAGGGUUUUGCGAUAGGGUUUCGUUGUUGCAGUUACGGCUUUUGUUUGUACCAAGCUAUCUUUAUCCCCCCCUUCGCAGGCACAGCGACGGCGGCUGUAGUGGUGGUGUAGCUGAUAAAGAUAGACAUAAAACACAUCGUUGUGGAAUAUGGCUCAGCAUGGGCAUCAUGUAGCCAGUUCCCAAAAAGCACUAAUGCUAGAGAUGAAAAGUCUUCAAGACGAGCCGGUGGAAGGUUUCAAGAUAACUUUGGUGGACGAGUCGGACAUGUACAACUGGGAAGUGGCGAUAUUCGGACCCCCGAACACGCACUACGAGGGUGGUUAUUUUAAGGCUCGGAUCAAGUUCCCUGUCGACUACCCAUACUCUCCACCUGCUUUCCGCUUCCUCACCAAAAUGUGGCACCCCAACAUCUAUGAGAAUGGGGAUGUUUGUAUUUCUAUCUUGCACCCACCAGUGGACGACCCACAGAGCGGCGAGCUGCCUUCAGAGAGGUGGAACCCCACACAGAACGUCAGGACCAUUCUGCUCAGUGUCAUCUCUCUGCUGAACGAGCCCAACACCUUCUCCCCGGCCAACGUAGACGCAUCUGUCAUGUAUCGCAAAUGGAGAGACAGUAAAGGAAAGGACAGAGAAUACAUCGAGAUCAUCAGGAAGCAAGUGCUAGCUACCAAAGCUGAUGCAGAGCGGGACGGCGUCAAAGUUCCCAUCACACUGGACGAGUACUGCGUCCGCACCCAAGUCCCACCCACAGAUGACGGCUCCAACCUCUUAUAUGAUGACUACUAUGAUGACGAGGAGCUGGAUGGCGACGACGAGGACGACAACGAAGACUUUUGUUAUGACGAGGACGACUCUGGCACUGAGGACUCCUGACCUCACGUCCCUGUGAUGUCAACCCCCAAACCCCUGACCAAUCCCUGUCCCCCCCUUCUUCUAUGACGGACCGAACUUUAAGUCUGUCAUCAUCCUCACUUAGCACAGGCCCCACUGUCCUCUCUGUUUCAUAUGCAGUCACAGUAUGCACACUAAAACUUGGUGCAUCGAAGAAACGAAAGCUCCAGAGUUGCUUUGUUGGUUUCUGUCAUGUUUUCUUUUAGUCUUUUAUUUUGCUUUCCAGGUAGAGGUUAAACACAGGAUAACAGCAGCAGGUAAACUUACAGAGUUCCACAUCUGUUCUACCUUAGCAGAACUUGUAACUUGUUUAAAUUCCCAUAAAAUUGUUUCCUUUCCUAUUUUCUUCCUCUAGCUUUCAGAGAGUUGUGCAUUAUGUUUUGGCCAUGGAAUAGUCACUUCAUCAACUGGUCAGAUCAGAUUAUAGCUAAACAUGUAUAGAGCAUUUGCAAAGGAAUCUAAUUUAGACAAAUUAUGCUGUGUGUGUGUUUGUGCGCGCGCGCGUGUGUCCACAUGUUUUGAAAAGCUGAGUCAUGUUCAACCUCUGAGCCAUGUGUGCAUGACCUCCAGUUACCAGGCUGUUGGAAGCCCUGCCAUGCCUCACCUCUGACAGUGUUGGAGCCCAGAGGCUCGUGCUGCUCGUAAAAAAAGAAAGCUGUUCACUCUGCCUUGUGCCUUCCCUGAUACCGCCUUUGUUUGUCUACCUACCUCCAGUAGCCAGACAAACAAAAGUGUGUGUGUGAGAGAGAGAGGAGAUAUUCAGGCUCACAAGGACUCAGGUGUUAACUUUGUAAUCCCCUUCUGAUGAAGUUAUUACUCUGUCCAAGUAAGAAAGAUGUGAUUCAUCAGGAAAAACUACAAAGUUUAAUGUAGGUCAUGUUCGCACAGACGUCAUCUACCGACUGCCACACUGUCUUCAUCACACAAGCACAUGCUACUAGUGCCCUGGAUGUGUUAACUAACAGACAUCUGAGCUUGCUGCUGCUCAUGAAAUCGUAUGUACUGUAUUUAAAAGAAGAACUAUGCAGUCAUUGCCAUAGACUGUGUAUAUAUAUAUGUCAAAUGGAUGUAGUCUUUUAGUUACAACAAUAACUCCCAUUUUGAAGUCUUGAGAUGCUUGAUUUUCCUGCCAUUAUGGCAGUUUUUGCAACUGGAAGUUCACAGAUCACCUGCAACCAGGCUCUAGCUGGAUGAUACUUGCGUUGGUGUCCACUUGAAGAGCUGAAUCUAGUGUUUGAGACCAUUAACUCCUCAGGAAAAUGUUCACUAACAUUAUAAAUCAAGUGAGAAGUAGACUUAUUUUUCCAUAAACUGAUUUUCAAAUGGGCUUCUUUUUUUGCGACCGUUGGAGUGGCCCCCUGGUGGCUAACUACUACUUCCAUCAUUCUUCAUGGGCUUUUUAAACAGAAGACUAUGUCCAUUUGAAUAAAUGCAGUGUAUGGUCAGUGCUUGAAUUUACUCAUUAUGCAGUGCUUCAUGUGUGUGGCAGAGAAGCUGAGCCUCAACUCCAGCUUGAUUUUUACGAGCAAACGACAUGCUGUAUCUGUUACAUGUUUGCCACUGGUGUCCUAAAACAGAGUAGUUCCAGUGUCCAGAGCAAGAAGAAGAAGAAAUAACGCUGAGAUUGUAUGCUGGCCUUCAUGGAGCGCCUCCCACCUAGUGGAGGCCCCUUGUACAGGCAGCACUUUCACUCCUGCUCUCAAAUGUUUGAAAGUGCCCCACACCUGAAUCACUAUGAAUGAUUCAGAAGCAUGAAUAUAGCCUGAUGGGAUCUCUGUAUUGUCAGAAAGCUUCUUUGUAACAGCCUGGAGUGUUCUGUUGCACACUGAAACGACACAUAAGUACCAUCCAGCAGUAUUUCAGACAUCACUGGAACCAUGUUUCUGAUGUAGGUGUAUAUGUGUGCGCAAGUGUAUGUGAUUAAGUAAAUAUUUGGCGAUUGUUUAUAGGACAUGCUGUGGAGAGAUAAAACUGGGAAGGAAUGGAGAUAUGGUUGAUGUUUGAGCAGGAGAAUGUGGUUCUUCACUAGCAUGCUGUCAAUGACAAGUUUGUGGUUUUAGAUCUGCUAUAAGAGUCGGGAUUAUGUCCAGGGACAGAUGUUUGCAAUUUUAUCUAAAGCUGUUGCCUUGUGAAUGGGCUGAAGGUCGUCGGUUUAUUAUGGGAUUGUUUUAACUGUUUUUGAUGUCAUCUUUUUUUUUAUUAUCAUUAUUAUUAUUAUUAUCUCUAAAUUUGUGGUGUGUGCUGCAAUGCUUUGUCUUGGGUGUAUUACAUGCUAAGAAUAAUGACCUGAUUGUUAAAAGCCCAUGGAAGAUCAAAAAUAAAUGUACUAACUUCAGAAAUGUUCAACACAACCAAAUUGCUGCAGCACUCUAAUCAGUGAACGUUCCCAGCCUUCGUUUGCCCUAAUUGCUCAGAAAUGAGUUGUUAGUAGUCUGUGAUGACUGAUGUCUGUUCUACAGCCUGUGAAUGACUCUCCCCACUCCGUUUUUGAUGUUUUUGGGUGAACGGGAUUUAAGUUUUUCCUCUUCAAUUGUCGAACCACUGUUAUUUUUUUUUUCUCACCUACUCCCAGUUCUCUGAGCUCUGAUUGGUAGCAGCAUCACUGAGGGGAAACAAACCUGCAUUUCUAUACAGAAAACAAUAACAACCACCUCAGGAAAAUAUACAACCAACCAAUCCACCAACAAACCAAUCCUUUUUUUCCCAACUGAGCAAAUCUGACCCCAGGGAGUCUCACUAUUUGGCUUCUAAGGACUGUUUACAAUCCCUUCAUAUGCACAUGUGGACAUUUUGACGAUCACUUGAUGAAUUGUUUUCUUGUUUAUAUUUUCUUUUUUUUCUUAUGGUUUGUAAAUCUUUAAAUAUUUAAACUCUGAAAUAAAGAUCUUUAUAAGAUA